UGGAGAUCCGGUCUGUUGUGGUUGGGGCACGUCAGAUCGGUCACUCAGCGAUCAUGGAAGGAAUGCAAUCUCCCAAGCGAGUCCAUCUUAUUGUAGUACCAAAAUCUGGAGAGUGAUGUAGUUCGGCUCGUUUAUCUUUUGGGCGGAGAGUUCGCUCAAUUCAUCGUCAUAUGCUUUUACCAGAGAAUGAGAGAGCGAGAGUAGAAAUCCGCGCCCGCCAACUCCAGACUUUUUUUAAGCCGGUCAAAUGCGAAAACCAGCGCCGCCCACUCCUCAACAAUGGCCAAUUCGCCCUCUUCACCAGCCCACCAAAUCCACUCACGGAUAGUGAUUGAUACCGGAUUGAGUGAAAUAGAAUGUGGAAUUCUCAUGAGGAAGCCAUGAACCGUCCUCCCCGGUUAUUACGAUGGCGGUCGUCGACGGAGUUCAUUAUUGCGACGGUCUGGACUUCGUUCUUCACGGACUACUUCCUCUAUGCGAUGAUCGUGCCCGUCAUGCCCACGGCUCUUGUCGACCGCGCCAGCAUCCCAUAUGAAGACCGAGAGUUCUGGGUGAGCAUACUACUGAUGUGCGAAGCGGCCGUGGCCUUCCUCUGCUGCCCGGUCUUCGGCUACAUGCUCGAUGCCGCGCCCACGCGGCAGAUGCCGUACCUCCUGGGCCUCAUCUUCCUGGGAGGGUCAAUGGUACUUCUCGCGCUGGCGCACACCAUCACGCUAUUCAUCGUAGCCCGCCUGCUGCAGGGCGCCGCCACCGCGAUGGUCGCCGUGGCGGGACUCGCGCUGCUCACGGACUCGGUCACCACGAACAACCUCGGCCACGCCAUCGGAUACCUGGGCUCGGCGAUCGCGCUGGGCUUCCUGCUGGGUCCGCUGCUGGGCGGCCUCGUCUACCGAGUCGCCGGGUACCAGGCCGUCUUCGCCAUCGCCUUCGCUAUGGUGGGGAUUGACCUGCUGAUGCGGAUCGCGGUGAUCGAGAAGACCGUGGCCAAGCGGUGGAUGCAGAAGCCGGGGGCCGUGGCUGAUGGGCCGACCCCGAGCGACAGCCUGGUUGUGCAGUCGGCCGAGUCGACUAUCACAGCGUCGCCUGCCCACGCCUACCGACCUCGCAAGAAGCCAGCACCGCUGCUGCUGAUCAUCCGGCAGCCGCGGGUACUCAUCUCGUCCGGGGCGCUGCUCGUGCACGGCCUGCUAUACUCUGCCUUUGACGCUACAAUCCCCAUCUUCGUAGAAUCACACUUCGGCUGGACAAGCUUCGGCGCAGGCAUGGCCUUCCUCCCAUCAGCUCUGACGGCAUUCUUCGAGCCCUACUUCGGCAAGUUAACAGACACCCACGGCCCCCGCCGCAUAGCCCUAACCUCCUUCACGCUCCUCCCCAUCCCACUCCUCUGCCUGAGUCUAAUAACCACCGCCUCAACCACGCACAUCAUCCUCCUCCUAACCCUCCUGACAAUCAUCGGCCUGCUCAUCAACCUCUGUACUCCCGCCCUAUACCUCGAAACCCAGCAGGUACUGGAUGAGAUGGAAGACAAGGAGCCGGGGAUCUUCGGCCCCCGCGGCGCCGUCGCGCAGGCGUUUGCCCUGCAGACUAUGGCGCAGUUUUUGGGGUUGUUUUUGGGACCCCUCUGGGGUGGGUUUGUGGAGUGGAGGUUUGGCUGGGGGGUUAUGACUUUUGGACUUGCUGGGCUGGUUGGUUUGACGGCUGUUUUUGUGGGGGGCAUGGGGGCAAAGGGGGUGGGAUCGGGAUCGGGAUCGGGAUCGGGGUGGAUGUCUGGUUUGGGGAGGUGUUGCGGGUGUGGAUUUGGGAGGAAGGAUUAUGGGAGAGGGGAUGAGACUGGGGUUGAGGAUCGGGAGGCGUUGUUGCCGGAGGAGGGUGCGAGGGUAUCUGGGUAGUUUUAUCGUUGGUUUUGCUUGGUAGGUUGAGGAAGGGAACGGUCUCGUUCUUCUUCGAGUGAUUCAUCUAUGGAGAUCUUGGUGGUGGUGGUGGUGGUGGUACUGGACUACUUCCAAGAUAAUACAGUACAAAACCUUGCACG